AUGAUGAAGGAUCAGACUAAUCACCUUCUCGAUCUCGUGCAUCAAUCUGCUAGCAGCAAAGAUACAUUCACGUUGCAAAAUCAUGACGAAGUUUGUUCCCUCUGGGAUCUUUCUUCACAACAUUAUACUAGACAUGAUAAAGUAUCUGUUCCCUUUGAAAAAGAGGCGCAUGAAUUCGACAUGCACUACCGCCCUCUCUGGGAUUGGGCGCUUGACUUGUUAUUUGUACGUUUUAUUGACGAACCGUGGACUGCCAAUGCAUUUUGGAAUGCACAAUCACACCUUCCCCCGGAUGCCAAACUGCUGGCAUUCAUUCUGUAUGCAGACAAAAAUAAACUAUCAUCAUUUGGGAGCCAAAAAGGCUAUCCGAUUAUCGCCUGCAUUGCCAACCUGCCAGUUCAUAUUCAUAACAGUAAUACUGCCAUAGGAGGCGGUCGUGUUGUUGGCUGGUUGCCCAUUAUUGCUGAGAAUCAGGAACACAUGAAGAAGAAGAAGUACGUGGACUUCAAAAAUGCCGUCUGGCAUACAUUGUUUUACCAGCUUCUUGCCUCGGUUGCAAAGCACUCAAACACGGGCUAUUGGUUCGAAUGUGGGGAUGGAAUCCAACAUCGUCUCUGGCCCUUGGUUUUGAUCUUGAGUGCCGAUUAUGAAGAACAAUGUGUCAUGACAUUGAUACGUGGACUUACGGGGAAAUUCCUGUGUCCAGUUUGUCUUGUUCCACAAGAUCAGCAGUCUGAUCUUCGUACCCACGAGCUACGCACAAGCCGCCAAUCUGAAGCCAUACUCCAUACUGCGAGAUCAAUGUCUUAUGAGAAGGAAAAGGAGGAUCGCUUGAAGGCUUUCUCGCUCCGAAAUGUUCAGAACGUCUUCUCGAGAAUUAUUCACAUGGACGUUCAUCACGCUCUUCCUUUCAACCGCCUCCAUACAAACAAGGAAGGAUUAUGGGGCGACCAUCUGUGGAAGGAAGUGAAGUUUUGGAUCAGGAAGCCACCUUUCGACGCACUUCCACAAUGGCCUGAUUUGACGCAUUUUUCCUCCGUUAUUGCGGUGAAUUUCACUGAUGGUACUGUUCUUGGGGAUCUGUCAAAGAUGAUUAUCUUUGCGGCACAGGAUAUUCUUUCUUCAUCCCACUGUAAACUGGGAUACUUACUUCUUCGCUGCCUUCACUAUUACAUUGAGUUUGACAUCUAUGCCUCGUUCGAAGUCCACACGGAAGAUAUGAUUGCAGCUGGAAGUUUGGAAUAUAUCGCUGAAUCGCAGCCUGAAACAUUGAAAAAUUGGAACUUUCCAAAGAAGUAUUUAAUCUCGCAUGUAUUCGACAAUAUUUCAGCUAAAGGCGUGACCCACAACUACAGUACCAAGCCCAAUGAAAAGAUGCACGGCUCUUUUCAAAAAAUCUACCUUCAACACACGAAUUUCAAGAACAUUGCUUCUCAGAUUCGGCCUAAUAAUAGCUUUAUUGUUGCAGAUCCUGCACUACUAACCAAUGAAGCCCUGGAUGAUGCUGGAAACCCUGAAUCUACUACUGUCCAUGCACAUUUAGGUUCAAGGCAAGGCAAUCACUCCUUUUCCGAUAUCAUGCACUCGCAUGGAACUGAUGAGGCCUUCACUGACUUUCGGAUGAAGCUUAACGGCUUCCUGAACAUUUUUCUACCACAAAAUGGCAUUCCAUUACCAGAUGGAAGGCGCAUUCACCUGCGUGUGGACGACACGGUAACAGAGUUUUGGUUUUUGCGGAUUCAUUAUGAAUCAAUAUGCAACCCGAAGUUCUACGGAUCACCGAGGUACGACUGUGUCUUGGUGAAUACUGCAGACAAGCCGUUUUUCACUUGCUUCGUGUACAUGUUCAGCUGCUCGAUUAGUGGCACUAAUUUCCCUCUUGCACUUAUCCAUCCUUAUGAUGUUAACAAUGAGCUUGGACUGUGGCGUAUCAUUUCUGUCCAGUCAAUCAUUUGGGGAGCUGCUCUCACCAGCGAUCCUGAAACACCUGGCAAUUACUUUGUCAUCCACACUGUGGACAGUGACAUAUUUCUUCGAAUCAAAGCUCUCCAGGCUCAACCAUUGUGA